AUGGAGCUCUCCCUGAACCUUCCCGACGCCCUCGCGCUCUGCACCGCCCUCCGCUCUGUCUCCUCCUCCAUCCGCGCGAACCUCUCGAAGCGCCUCGCAGCACAGUAUACCUCCGAUUCCUCGUCCGCCUCCGCCUCCGCCGCCUCCGAGCCGCGCUCGAUUGACAAGAGCGGCGUCGAGAUCCAGACCGAGGCCAUGCAAGUCGCCCUGCUCACGCAGGGCCUGCCGUCAGACGAGCGCACCCGUGCCGCGGUGCUCGAGGCGCUGCGGCGACACGAGGCGGAGCCCGCGGUCGCCAGCUUCCUGCACUACUGGAGCUCGCUUGGGCUCGUGGCGGGCGUCUACGCGGUCGGCAGCGGCGGCGAGGUGCAGACGGCCUUCGUCGACUGGUACAGAGGGCCGCCCGGCCAAGCGCGCUACCUGCCUUCGCUCGCGGCGGUGCGCGCGGACCUCGAGAGCUUUGUGCUGCAAGGCUGGGCGCCGGCCACGCCGCCGCUCCGGCGGCGCGACUCCAUGACGACCGCGCUCGGCUCCUGCUUCGCCGACGAGAUCCGCAUCUGGCUGCGCGCGCGCGGCUACCGCGUCAACGGGGAUUUUCGGACGGGGCAUCGGUACCCGCAUGCGGAGGACAGCUCCGUCCCUCUGCUGCAGUGCUCCGCGGGGCUCGUCAACACGUUCGUGCUGCUGCAGCAGUUCGAGUGGGCCUUCGAGGCGCGCGCCUUCGACGACGACCUCUGGCACGGCGCCAAGGGAGCCGUCGCGAGGCUGAAGACGAGGGAGCUCUUCGAGCAGACCUCCCUCUUCAUCAUCACGCUCGGCCUCGCGGAGGUCUGGUUCCAGCGGCGGCGGCCUCGCGCGGCCGCGACGCGGGCGGAGGCGGAGGCGGACGGGGCGCAAGAGGCGGGCGGCGGCGCUGCGGGCGGCGAGACGGAGUGCGACGUGCUGUGGCGCGCGGUGCCCAGCCACGUGUAUGACCCGGGCCGGCACGGCUUCCGCGUCUCCUCCGUCGCCGAGAAUGUGGCCAACUUGCGCAGGAUUGUGCGGCUCAUCCGCGAGCACGUCCCGUCGGCGUCGAUCGUCUUUACGCUCUCGCCGGUGCCGCUGGCCGCGACCUUCCGCGGCGUCUCCUGCGUCACGGCAAACAGCGCCUCCAAGGCGAUCCUCCGCGCGGCGGUGGACGAGCUGCUGCGCGAGGUGCACGGCGGCGGAGAGCGCGGCGGCGGCGGCGGCGGCGGCGGCGAGGGAGGUUGCGCCGGCGGGCUGUACUACUGGCCGGCCUUCGAGAUGAUCAAGGAGGGCUUCACCGAGCCGUACUUGGAGGACGGCCGCCACCCCAAGCCCGAGGUGAUCCAGCAGAUCCUGGCCUUGUUUGGCAAGCACUACCUCGGCGGGGAGGAAGAGGCAGGAGGCGUCCCGGACCCCGAGGACACUUGA